AGUGCAAUGUGGUCGGCCCCUGCAGCAGGGAUUGGCGUGAGAGACGGAGAGACGAAGGUUCUAUUUGACCCUCGUAGCCCCGAGGAGGUCCUGGCUGAUGAACUUCCUGCUUCUAACGGGCCAGAAGCCACAGAGAAGACUGCUAUCAGGUUGAGAUGUCUGCUGAAACAGCUGGAGAGAGGAGAGGUGUCUCUGGUGGACCUCAAGAAGAACCUGGAGUAUGCUGCCACUGUUCUGGAGUCAGUUUAUAUAGAGAAGACCAGGAGAUUGGUGGAUACAGAGGAAGAGCUCAGCGAUAUCCAAUCAGAGUAUGUGCCUUCAGAGGUGCGUGAUUGGUUGGCCUCUACAUUCACCCGUCAGAUGGGUUUGAUGCUGCCGCAGACCGAGGAGAAACCACGCUUCAGGAGCAUCGUACACGCUGUGCAGGCUGGUAUCUUUGUAGAGAGGAUGUACAGACGUACCUCUAGCAUGGUGGGAGUGAGCUCUCCUGCUACAGUUGUAGCAGUACUGAAGCACGUUGAUAAGUGGUCGUUUGAUGUGUUUGCUCUGAACGAGGCCAGUGGAGACCACGCCCUCAAGUUCAUCUUCUUUGAACUACUGACCAGAUACGACCUCAUCAGCAGAUUCAAGAUCCCGGUCUCAGCGGUGUUCUCGUUCGUAGAAGCUCUGGAGGUGGGCUACGGUAAACACAACAACCCCUACCAUAACCUGAUGCAUGCUGCAGAUGUCACACAGACAAUACACUACCUACUGCUGAAGACUGGCAUCGUGCAUUGGUUGACAGAGCUAGAGAUCUUUGCGAUGAUCUUUGCAGCAGCGGUUCAUGACUACGAACACACUGGAACCACCAAUAAUUUCCACAUCCAGACCAGAUCAGACACAGCGAUCCUGUACAACGACCAGUCUGUCCUCGAGAGCCACCAUGUCAGCGCAGCAUACCGCCUCCUACAGGACGAUGAUGAGAUCAACAUACUAUACAACCUGUCUAAAGACGACUGGAGAGAGCUGAGGGGCCUGGUGGUACAGAUGGUUCUGGCUACAGACAUGUCCUGCCACUUCCAGCAGCUGAAACAUAUGAAGAACUUUCUCCAGCAACCGGAGGGGAUUGAUAAACCCAAAGCCAUGUCUUUGCUGCUCCAUACAGCUGAUAUCAGCCACCCAGCUAAGACAUGGGACCUGCACCACCGCUGGACAGCAUCCCUUCUGGAGGAGUUCUUCAGACAGGGCGAUAAGGAGGCUGAACUAGGACUGCCCUUCUCUCCUCUGUGUGACCGCAAGUCAACCAUGGUGGCACAGUCCCAGAUAGGGUUUAUAGACUUCAUUGUGGUUCCAACCUUCACCGUGUUGACAGAAAUGACGGAGAAGAUUGUCAUUCCGCUCAUCAACGAGGCGUCACUCAGCCUGGCAGGGUUCAGGCGCUCCAGUCUAAACAGUAUUAGCUGUGAGGAUGCUAAGCGUGGUAGUGUAAAGAGUACCGGAUCAGAGGGCAGUGCUACUGGACAUUUUUCUCUACUGGCUGUGGACCUGAAGAACUUCAAGGCUCUGUGGAACGAAGAGGUUUAUCAGAACAGAGAGAGAUGGAAGACACAGGCCACUAAAGGUGAGAAGGCCAGAAGGGAGGCUGAGGAGGAGAGAGUGCUGCAGGAAGACACUAUGGAACCCCAGGAGAGAGAAAUUGAAACAGAGCUGGGAGAUACAGAGUCACAGGAGGGAAAGGGAGAGGAAGAGGGAGAGGAAGAAGAGGUGGAGGGAGAGGGAGAAGAGGAGAGUGAAGUGCCAGAGGAGCUCAACUUACGUCAGGACAAAUGCACAGAGAAGACCGGAGAGAGAGAUGGAGUGAGGACAGGAGAGAGGGAUGGAGUGAGGACACAGACUGGAAGUGCAGCAGACACCAGCCCACCAUUACAGAAAAGUAGGUGUCAUUAUACUGUAUAUUAAACAGGUUUUUCAGGAAACAUUUUCUCUUAUGUCAGAGGGGGCGGAGUCUCCACAGAGUGACCAAAACACCUGAAGGUAAAAGACAGCCAACCUCUACUGACAGGUAACAUGAAGGUAAGAGACACCAACCUCUACUGACAGGUAACAUGAAGGUAAGAGACACCAACCUCUGCUGACAUCAACACUAACUCAAACUGCUGACAGGUAACAUGAAGGUAAAAGACACCAACCUCUACUGACAGGUAACAUGAAGUUCUAUGUUGUUUCCCUCAGCGGUAGAUCUGCACUAGGAUCAAGCAGCAGACCAGGAGGCUGAAGCUCUAACGCUCUCUACUGGACAGAGACUAUUACAUGUCAUCCAUCCAUCCUCCAUCCACUGUUUCUUAUCGUAUGUAGAGUACGUAAGAGCCAACCUCUACUUUAUACAUGAGAGCUCUUUGAAGCAAUGAGGAAAAAUCAGAACUUCAGAUCUUGAGAACUUACUGAAUUGACUGAAUUGAAAUGUAAUGGAACCCAACCCUGUUGCUUAUUGCAGGGUAUUUGAGCCAAACCCUUCCUUUCCUAUGUUGUGAUUGACAUUGUUUUUGUUUUUACAGUUGAGGUGCAUUAUGGGUAAAGAGCCUUCACAGACUCUUCAAUCCACCGACACCCCUAACUGGAUGUAUCUACAGUUGAAGUCGGAAGUUUACAUACACCUUAGCCAAAUACAUUUUAACUCAGUUUUUCACAAUUCCUGACAUUUAAUCGUGAAAAUUCCCUGUCUUAGGUCAGUUGGGAU